UACCUACCUCAGCCAUGCUUCCCCUUGUCGCCGCCCGCGCCGCGGCCGCGCCGCGCGCGCCGUACAGAGCACUCCCGCACCUCGCCCGCACCUUCUUCUCCGCGACGCCGCCGCGCAACGAGGGCGACCGCCCGCUGACGCAGCCGUCGACACCGCAAACGCCGAUGGCGACGGACACCGCCUCCCUCGUGCGCAAGACGUCCGAGGCGCUCUUCAUGACGGAGAUGAUGCGCGGCAUGGCGCUGGCCCUGCAGUACUUCUUCCAGCCCAAGGUCACGCUCAACUACCCCAUGGAGAAGGGGCCGCUGUCGCCGCGCUUCCGCGGCGAGCACGCGCUGCGCAGGUACGCCUCAGGCGAGGAGAGAUGCAUCGCGUGCAAGCUGUGCGAGGCCGUAUGCCCCGCGCAGGCUAUCACGAUCGAGGCCGAGCCGCGCCCGGAUGGCUCCAGGAGGACGACGCGCUAUGAUAUUGAUAUGACCAAGUGCAUCUUCUGCGGCGCGUGCCAAGAAGCUUGCCCCGUUGAUGCCAUUGUCGAAGGGCCCAAUUAUGAAUAUGCUACGGAGACGCAUGAGGAGCUGCUGUAUAACAAGGAGAAGCUACUCGCUAAUGGCGAUCGCUGGGAGAGCGAGAUCGCGAAGAAUAUCGAGAAUGAAAGUAUGUACCGUUAGCCAAGUUAGGUCGCUGUCUUUACUAGGUUAGUGCCGCCCCUGGGAAUGGGGCAUUGCAAAUGUCGGGGGGAGGGCGUGAUCGGAAUGGCGAGAGCGUCAGGACGAGGAGCUCGCGCCUUCUUUAGUCGCCUUGCGAGAAGAGUCGAGAGUUGACGACAGAUGGACUGUUUUCGCGAGGCGAUCGUUCAUAGAGAGGCGCGAUUUUCAAUUUUCGUUUCCUGUCCUGUCCUUGUGCAUAAAUGCUGCCCAUUCCUUACAUAACAAA